UUUAUGCCUCUUAGUCAAUAUGGGUAAUUUUGUAUGGGAAAAGCAUGUAUGUGACGAUUCGAGGAUUUUUUCGUAAAUCUUUAAUAAGGCUAAUAUGUUCACAUUUUGACUGUUUGGGUAUGAUCUUAUACCAAUUUGAUUUGAAAAAAGCAUCUCAGUAAUUGAUUUUUUAUUUUUCGGAUUUUUUCGUAAAUCUUUAAUAAGGCUAAUAUGUGCACAUUUUGACUGUUUGGGUAUGAUCCUAUACCAAUUUGAUUUGAGAAAAGCAUCUCAGUAAUUGAUUUUUUAUUUUUUGGAUUUUUUCAUAAAUCUUUAACAAGGCUAAUAUGUGCACGUUUUGACUGUUUGGAUAUGAUCCUAUACCAAUUGGAUUUGAGAAAAGCAUCUCAGUAAUUGAUUUUUUAUUUUUCUUGCAUUACUUGGUUGACAGACAUCCCCUCACAUGUUAAUUAUGGUAAAUUUAGAUACCUCUUCUUGAUUUCAUUUAAUAAGUAGGAAGGAUCUCUUUUUACUUGUUCUAUUCAUGGAAAUUUCAAAUGUUAUAAUAGGGUAUUAUUUAUUUAUGGCAACUAUAGCAUGAUUGGUGGAACGGAUCGAUUUACCCCAUCCAUUUAAGGGAACAAUCCCCUUAAUUGAUUCAUUAUAUGUUAUUCUUCUUCCAUUAAAUAUUAUUCUUCCUUCAUUAUUUGGGAUUGUGGACGGCCCUCCUCACUAUAUAAACUCACCAUUCUCUUUCUCUAAAAUGACAAACUUCUCCUCUGCUAUUACUCCCUCUAUUUUCUCUUAAAAGUACUUUGAAGUUCUUUGGCACUUUAGAUUUCGAAAAACAUUCGGUCUUGUCCUUGCUGCAAUUGCUUUGGGUUCUAUUAUUAUUGUUUGGUGCCUAAUCAGUUAGUCUCUAUCGACGCAUUCUGUUCUUAUUAUGUAGCAUUUGUGAUAGAAAAGCAUAGAAAGCAUGUCUAUAGGAACUAAUUUAAAAUAAUUAUGAUUUUGCUUUUUUCACUGUCAUAAAGAAGAUUAAAAAAAAAAAAAAGAACAGAUUACUAGAGUGUACUAUAACCAGUUCUAGCUGUUUUCUUGAACAUUAGCACAUUUGGUGCAAGUUGAAGACAUUCUGGGUAUUGCUGUUUGUAUUUUCUUGUUCUGUGUUUGCUUUGUUUGACUGUGGUUUCUUGUGAAAGUUUUGUCAUAAUUGAACACAGCUCAGGGUUUUACUUUUCAUAGCUAUUUUCUACUUUCUUUCUGAUAUUUUGUUGGGUUUUUGCUUUGUUUCUUGCAUGAAAAUGUAAGUUCUUUUUCCCAAUUUUCUUUUUUUGGGCCAAGGAGGGUGAGUGAUGUGGUGGGCAGAGGGGCUAGUGGGGGGGUCUUUUGUUUUAUUCUUUCCAAAUUAAUGUGAAGAUAAUGUUUGGGAAGACAAAGUGUGUGAAUCACAUUCAGCAGAGUGGGAGAAAAGGUGAAGAAAUUUAAGAGAGGAUUUUGAAGGAUGAAUGAUAGCUCAGGUAGAGAAAUGAAUGAGAGACAACCUCAAAGGCCCUGUGGUUGUGUGGGCAUUUUCUUUCAGCUCUUUGAUCGGAACCGUAGAUUUGCCAAGAAGCUGUUUCCAAAGAAACUGCUUUCACCAGCUUGCUUGAAACAAGCAUCAAAAAAGUUUGGAGGGGAUGAGAAGCAGCCAAAGCUUCAUUUGAUUGCUGAUGAGAACAGUGGGGGUUUUCCAAAUGCAAAGGAUAAUGGAAUGACCGAUACACGUUGUGAAAGCAAGCGUGAAAUGAAAGCUCCAAGUUUGGUUGCUAGGCCCAUGGGUUUGGAAUCGAUGCCAGUAAGAUCAGGCAGUAAGCCCCAAAAGGCUUCAUCUUCUGAAACUUGGAGCAAUGUGGCAGACAAACUUGGUUCUUGACCUGGCGGAUUUGAUAAAGAAGAUAUGGAUUUUGAGAUGGCCGAAAUAAAGAGUUCAAAACCAGGUUUGCAAAGGUUUAGAGCUAAAUGUGCUCUCACUUAUCCUACUAGAUAUUUUUCUCCUUUGGAAGAUGAAGCAGAUAUAGUUGGGAAUUCACUUGAUCACCAUUCAACUGACAGCUAUCUUUCCAGCAGUCCCAAUAGUAGCUCAAGUAUGGUCCCCGAUUCGACAUUUUACUAUUUGCAUACUUCCUUUCUUUCCCUCAAAUACAUAGAUUAAAAAAUAAGACAACUCUGAACUUGGAUUUCAUGCAUCCAUGCUUCUAAUAAAUAUGAUUCUUGUUUUCUUCCGGAGGACAAAGUGCUUCCUGAAUCAGUGGUCUCUGUUGAUGAUGAACCACUCUUUCCAGAACCUGAUAGAGAUCUUUCGGAUUGUGAGACCUCAUCAUCCACCAGGAGGAGUUGCAGAGAACUGAUUCGUAACAUUUCUGGAGUGCUCAGCAAGAUUGAUCAGUUAAAAGGAAGCAAACUCAGCUACGCAAAACUGGUCAUUUUGAAUGCUGAACUCAUAUUGCGAACUACACCUUAACAGUAAGCUCUACCUGUAGAGGAUGGGUUCUCUGUGAGCCAUUUUCUCCUCAAUGAACAUGAAAUGUUUUCGAGUUUUCUGUCGAUGUCUUUCGGUGAGUUGCUUGGCUGUAAUGACCCAAAACAGAUGAAUCAGCUUAAACGAUUCGCCUUUGAUUGUCUAUUAGAGUACCUUGACUCAAAAUUUUCUCCAAUCUCUGAUUCUGGUUUCAGAACUUGUACCAAACUACCAUCAAGUAUGACCAAAGAGAUUCUGAUUGCUGAUAUUAUUGAUGAGGUCGAAGAGUGGACAAAAUUUGUUGGAUUUAUCCUAGACGACCUAAUAGAAUGGGAUAUGAUCCAUUCUUUGGGUAAAUGUACGGACUUCGAGAUUGAAGAAUGUGAAUGUGGCACUGAAGUUGCUAGGCAUAUUCUCCAAGAAUUAGUAGAUGAAGUUGUUUUAGACCUCUACAGUUCUAGCUAAAUAUAGUGGAACUGUUAGUAGCUCCUCUUUUGGGACUUUGUUGCAAUCCUAUCAGUGCUGUUCUCAUGUGAUAACUCUUGACUCAAUAAUGUCAAGCAAAGUAUUUUGUACAAAUCAUUGAUUCUGCAUCUGAUUCGACUUAUUGUACUUGUGCUUUUGCAUUUAUGAAUAUUAAGAACAAUCCCUUCGUGAA